CUUUUGUGUUGAGAGGUUGUCAGGACUGUUUAUAUGUUGACCUUUUGCGUGUUUAUAUCCUUGCCGAAUGCUGAAUUCAUACUUCACUAGCUUUUGGAUUAAUGCUGUAAACAUUCUGUACUUUUGCAUUUCUAACUAAUAAAAGACACAAGUUUAUACAGCUGGCUCGAGAGACGGAGUUUGGCUUUAUCUGAUUGGUUGUUGAUUUAUUAGAACACGGUCAGAGUUUCAGCCAAACAAAUGAUAGCUGGAGAAAACAGCUGAAGACAUCUGGAUCUGGUUGUCUGUUACCAAGAAGGACGUGUUUGUAAUCAAGGGCAGACCCCACAGCAGCAGUGACACCAUGAGGUUCCAGGCUCUGUUCUUUCUCCUGCUCCUGACAUGCAUGUAUCUCACUCUGGCUCAAGGGUCGUAUGAGAACUGCUGCCUGAGGCAUGUUACUGGCCUGAAGAAGAGUACCAAGAGGAAUGUUGUAAGCUACAGGAUACAGGAAACAGAUGGAGGCUGCAACAUCAAGGCCGUUGUGUUCAUACUGAAGAAAGGGAAGACUGUUUGUGCCAAUCCCAGCCACAAAUGGGUACAGCAUCUGAGGACUGUGGUCGAUAAGACUCAAGGGAAUGAGGGGAUGUAGUUGAUCAGUUGCUUCGUUUGAGGAUCUUUCAACCAGUGUAUGCCAAUUUCCAAAAAUAAGACAGUCAUAUCAUCCUGUAACUAGAAUGUGAACUUCAUCAUUAUAUUACUCAUUAUAUUACAGUUUGGCUUAAUGAGUUUAUAUUACAUGCUUUUGGGAGGAUACCUGAGAUUCCAUGGUUUAGAUGGCUGUUAGCAUGAGGUGACUAACCGUGCCUGCUUGUAAUGUGCCACGGCAGCUUAGCAUUAUUGUGUGUGAGGGGCGGAGGGGAUGGAGUGGGGGGGGGUUAUUCACUAUCCUCAAUGGAAAUCCCCCAAAAGUCCUCACAAGGAUAGUCAAUUAAGGGACAUUUUCCCUCAUGGGGACAUUUCCCACAUCCCCAUGAGGACAAAGGCUAUUUUAAGCUUAGGGGUUAGGUGUAGGUUCAGGGUUAGGGUUAGGGUUCAGGUUAGAGGUUAGGGAAAAUAAGAUUUUGAAUGGAAAUCCAUUUUUGGUGGGGGGUGGGGCAGAAUGCAUUGAAAAGCAAGCUACAAUUACUAUUUUGUUAAACCUUGAGACACUACAUGACCAAAAGUAUGUGUACACCUGCUCUAGUCAAACAUCUCAUUCCAAAAUCAUAGCAUUAAUAUGGAGUUGGUCCGCCCUUUGCUGCUACGACAGCCUCCACUCUCCUAGGAAGGCUUUCCACUUUAUGUUGGAACCUUGCUGCGGGGACUUGCUUCCAUUCAGCCACAAGAACAAAUGUGAGGUUGGCAUUGAUGAUGGGCGAUUAGGCCUGGCUUACAGUCGAUGUUCCAAUUCAUCCCAAAGGUGUUCAAUGGGGUUGAGGUCAGGGCUCUGUGUAUGCCAGUCAAGUUAAGAUUUCCCUUCACUGGGACUAAGGGGCCUAGCCCGAACCAUGAAUAACAGCCCCAGACCAUUAUUCCUCCUCCACCAAACUUUACAGUUGGCACUAUGCAUUGGGACAAGUAGGGUUUUCCUGGCAUCCGCCAAACCAAGAUUCAUCCGUCGGACUGCCAGAUGGUGAAGCGUGAUUCAUCACUCCAGAGAGUGCGUUUCCAAAGCUCCAGUCAAAUGGCGGUGAGCUUUACACCACUCCAGCUGCUUAGCAUUGCGCAUGGUGAUCUUAGGCUUGUGUGCCAGAGGCAGUUUGGAACUCAGUAGUGAGUGGUGUAACCGAGAACAGACAAUUUUUAAGCGCUGAGUGCUUCGCAUUCUGUGAGCUUGUGUGGCCUACCCCUUUACUGCUGAGACGUUUUUGCUCCUAGAUGUUUCCACUUCACAAUAACAGCACUUAAAUUUGCCCGGGGUAGCUCAAGUAGGGCAGAAAUUUCCCGAACUGACUUGUUGGAAAGGUGGCAUUCUAUGACGGUGCCAUGUUGAAAGUCACUGAGCUCUUCAGUAAGGCCAUUCUACUGCCAAUGUUUGUCUUUGGAGAUUGCAUGGCUGGGUGCUCGAUUUUAUACACCUGUCAGCAACAGGUGUGGUUGAAAUAGACAAAUCCACUUUGAAAGGGUGUCCACAUACUUUUGUAUAUAUAGUAUAUUUUUCUAUCAGUACUAUGUGUUAAAAGCAAUAUUUGUAUAACUUCACUUUUGUAAUAAAGCAAAAAAUGAUAACAAAAUGUU